AUGAAUAGCCUAGAACAAGCGAUCAAUUUGAAGGUGAAAGUGACAACGUUGCUUGAUCAACCUACUACUGGUUACAUAUAUGCAUACUCUUCAGUCCACGAAGUGUUGACCAUAAGAUUAACCAAUAACCACGUUAAAAAUUCCCAAAAUAAAAAUGAGAGUUACAAAUUCAUAAAUACUGCAUUCAUUAAAACUAUUCAGGUCUUACCUCCUUUCCCUAGAAGAAUCAAUUCUCCACCGCCAGCUGCACAAGCUUCUUCCUCAGCAGUCGCAAUUAAUUCCAAGCUGAAUUCCAAUUCGCCAUCACCUGCCCCAGCAUCGCCCCAGCUCACCCAAUUAUCAAUCAAUGAGCUUGAAAGUUUGUUAAAUAAAUCCGUAGCCCAAUACAAAGAGAUGAUCAGCAUAUCGCAGAGUCACAAUGCAUCCAAUAUUGCAGUUAUGUUAUUUGAAAAAUUGUACUCAAACUUUGGUGGAAAAGUGAAGUGGGGCCCAUAUGGCUCUAUAAUAAUUGAGGAAGAAAUCAAGAUAGCGAAACCAUACUUGGCUAAAUCUGGCACAAUUUCCAAAAUUAAUAGCAAUAGCGGAGACUCAAAGAAGUUAGAUAAAGUGUUUGAAAUCGUUAAAGAGUACUGGCAAACUAUUGAAAAUGAUAAAAUUGGUGGUUAA